AUGGGUGCCCGUUGCUCAAAAUUCUCUUUUUGUUGGUGGCACUCCCACCUCAAGCCUUCCCUUCUCGACUCCUCUGAUCUUGAGAAUGGGGAGAAAAACGCGUUUCCGCCCUUUACUCAGUUCAAAUUAGAGGAGCUUAAAGCUGCCACUAAUGGGUUUUCUUCAGAGACCAUUGUUUCUGAGCACGGAGAGAAAGCGCCAAACGUGGUUUACAAAGGGAAGCUCAACGAUGGCCGAUGGGUCGCCGUUAAACGCUUCAAUAAAUCUGCUUGGCCCGAUUCUCGUCAAUUCAUGGAUGAGGCUAAGGCUGUGGGGAGUCUAAGGAGUGAGAGGUUGGCAAAUCUGAUAGGGUGUUGCUAUGAAGAGGAAGAGAGAUUGCUGGUGGCAGAGUUUAUGCCCAAUGAGACUCUUGCAAAGCAUUUAUUUCACUGGGAGAACCAGCCAAUGAAAUGGGCUAUGAGGUUGCGGGUGGGGCUUUACUUGGCUCAAGCUUUGGAGUACUGCAGUAGUAAGGGUAGGGCGUUGUAUCACGACCUCAACGCUUACAGAGUCUUGUUUGAUCAGGACGGUAAUCCUAGGCUGUCUUGCUUUGGUUUGAUGAAGAACAGUAGAGAUGGAAAAAGUUAUAGUACAAACUUGGCUUUCACUCCUCCAGAGUAUUUGAGAACAGGAAGAGUGACACCCGAAAGUGUAGUUUACAGCUUCGGGACUGUGUUGCUGGAUCUUCUGAGUGGAAAGCAUAUUCCUCCGAGCCAUGCACUUGAUUUAAUUCGUGGCAAGAAUUUCCUGAUGCUCAUGGAUUCUUGUUUGGAGGGUCAUUUUUCUAACGAUGAUGGAACCGAGCUUGUCCGGUUGGCCACGCGAUGUUUGCAAUAUGAAGCACGCGAGAGGCCUAAUGCAAAAUCUCUUGUCAGUUCCCUUUUGCCUCUCCAAAAAGAAACAGAGGUGCCAUCGUUUACUUUAUUGGGCAUUCCCGAUGAAAUUUCUACCCCGACAGAACCAUUGUUGUUGACUCCAAUGGGAGAAGCAUGUCUGAGAACGGAUCUGACUGCGCUUCAUGAAAUACUCGAAAAGACUGGGUACAAGGACGACGAAGGAAUUGCCAAUGAGCUAUCUUUCCAAAUGUGGACGAAUCAGAUGCAGGAUACCUUGAAUUCAAAGAAGCAAGGCGAUACUGCUUUCCGUGCCAAGGAUUUCACCGCCGCCAUUGAUUGUUAUUCACAGUUCAUCGAGGGGGGGACGAUGGUGUCGCCCACGGUCUACGCUAGGCGGUGCUUGUCCUAUCUGAUGAUGGACAUGGCGCAAGAAGCUCUAGGGGACACGGAGAAGGCGCAGUUGGUGUCGCCUGACUGGCACACAGCCUUCUAUCUUCAGGCAGUUGCAUUCUUCAGUCUGGGGAUGGAGAAUGAUGCCCAGGAAGCUCUGAAGGAAGCCACUCGUUUGGAAGCUGAAAGGAACACAGUUUGAAAGUGUAUAGAUAUGUGCUUUUUUGUUGAGUUUUAUCAUCUUAUGAUUUUAUUGUAUUUAUUGGUGUAUCCUCUUUUGCAACAUCCAAGGAUUUUCACAACAUUUUGAUGUUGAUGUCUAUAUUUAGCAAGUAUUUUAUAGAAGUCAUGUUGCAUUCCCUCAAUUUAGUGAGAGGAUAAUGUUAUAAC